UGCAGAACAACAGUCUCUUGAUAACUUUAUCUCAUAUCCAAAGAAAUUGAAGUAUCAAUUAUCCACAAAGACUGCCAGUGAUAGUGCUACUGAUAUUAUUAUACAAGCACAGUCUGAUAGAGAUGCAGCACGGUUGAGAUCCCUGCAAGGACGAGGGGCUGGUGCAUGGCUGGAUGUCAUCCCGCUUCUGCUAAGCACGCUUUAAAAACAAACGAAUUUUCUUUAGCAUCUUACCUGAGGUUGGGAGUGGCUUUUCCUUUCACCAAUUGGAUUAAAAAGUGUGAUUAUGGUCAUGAUUUGGAUGAAUACGGAUACCAUCUUUUAACCUGUAACUAUGGGGGUGGACCUGUGUGGUCUCACAAUUCAGCCUUGAAUGGGUGGAGUGAGUGCCUGUCUGACCUUCACCUUCCCCAUCAAACAGAACCAAGACAUCAAUACAUCAAUACCGAAGACCGUCCAGACAUUACAACGUUUGAUCCAAAUACUGGACAGAAUUUGGAUAUUGAUGUGUCCAUGGCUCAUCCGUGGAGUCAGGACAUUAUUAGGAGGGCUAGCAAGGAAAAUGGUCAUGCUGCCGCGACAAGAGAAGAAAAGAAAAUGAAAAAAUAUUCAGAAGAGCUUGUUCCAGGAGGAUAUGUAUCAAGAUGUGUUCCUCUUGUGAUAGAAUGCUUUGGGAGGUGAGGCACGAAGGCAGAGAAUUUUCCAGCAUUUGUCACAACAGUCUGCAAAUCCAGAAGCCAAUUUAAAUGCUUCCAUGUUCAUGUCGUAUUGGAGAAAAAGAUCUUCUACAAUUCUGCAAAGAUGCAAUGCCAAAGUUAUCCUUAGAAAACUUUCAAAACUGUCACCUAAUCAUGGUGAUUUAGAUAGAUUUAUUUGAUUUUGAGAUUCAAAGUCAAGUCCAUUCGUUAAUGACUUUGUUGUUUGCAAGGACUGAUGUGUAUUUUAAAAAUCCUAGCAUAUGUACAAGUAGAAUCUGUAUGAGAAUAAAUUAUCUGUCUGUCUGUCUGUCUGUCUGUGUAUCUGUCUGUCAAUACAUAUAUUUAAAAUUUCAACACUAUUACAUUCUAAAUGGUUCCAGCGAGGAAAAGGAAAACAUGCUACAAAAAUGUCUGGCGACCC